AUGGAACCGAAGUCAAUUCAAUAUCUUCGACUCAUAACUUGCUUCAUCUGCCUGUUCUCACUAGUGGCAACGAAAGAACUAGCAUUUGUGCAAGCUAUUUGGAGGCAUGGCGAUCGGGCCCCUAUGUCACAUCCUUACCCAAAUGAUCCCUACAACGAGAGUGCAUGGCCACGAGGCUGGCAACAGCUAACUAAUAUAGGCAUCGCUCAGAUGAAUGAACUUGGAAGGUAUUUUCGAUCAAAAUAUGGAUCCUUCAUCGCACCCCACUAUGUGGCAAGUCAGGUUUAUAUCCAAUCGUCAGACUCAGAUCGAGCCCUUACCUCAGCGCAAGCUUUCACCUCCGGUUUUUACCCCGCGCAAAAUGAUAGUUUCCAGUGGCAACAUGGCAAUCCUUGGCAACCAGUCCCUAUACAUGCUCCGGCGCCUGUCGAAAAAGAUUUGCUACUCAAACCUACCUAUGUUGAUUGCAAAAAUUAUGACAGUAUCGUGGACGCCGAUGAUGCAAAACAUGCUGCUGUUUAUAACAUACAGUAUGCGGAUAUGUUUAAAGUGCUUGAAGAAAAAACUGGCAUCGCGAGUUUCUCUUACGCAAACCUCUCUAAUGUUUAUGAUAUAACGAGAGAGCUAAAUAACAAUUUGACGGACAAACAACCUGCAUGGACGUUCCAAAGGUGGCCUAAAUAUGGCAAUCGCAGUACACUGGAUAUAAUAAGUGAAAUACGACGUAUACGCAAGAUGUCAAAAUUCGACUCACCUAACAAGGCAAAGAUGACAGGAGGCUACUUGCUAAACACCUGGAUCAAAGACGCUUUAAAGGUUGCUAACGGAACUAUGAAGAAUCCUAGCAGAAUGAUGUUGUAUUCUGCACACGAUGGCAGCAUAUCAGCAUUGAUGUAUGCAAUGAAUGUUGCAAAUGACUUGCUGAUUCCUUACGCGUCAGCUGUAAUUAUGGAAGUUUACAAGGACAACAAUGACUUCUUGGUUGAGCUUUUUUAUCGAAACGACACUUCAAAGCCUCCAUAUCGUCUCCAAAUUCCUGGAUGUUCGGACCGAUGUACGGUUCAGAAGAUGGCUGAGCAAUACUCAAACAUGAUGGUGACCAGUCUUAGCGAACAUCAAGAGGUCUGUGGUACGCCAAUAAUUGACUGCAAUAAGUCGACGUCGGCUCCGUUUUCUCUGGCCCUUAUUAUUUUGGUAGUAGCAAUGCAACUAAAUUUGUUACAACCAAGUUGGAUACAUUAG